GAAAUAUCUCUCAGCGUUUCUAUUGUAACUUUUCCUUUCUUAGUUAUAUGAGGAAAGGAAAAUCAAUAACUUGCAAUAAGAAUCGUUAGCAAACACUUAUCGAACGUAGAUGACUAUUACAAAAGAGGAAACACUUACCGAAUUGUAUUAAAAAAGGGAAACUUAAUUGCACUACACAAUUCCAGAAGAACUAAGAACAAUAGACAUCCUCUAUAUAUUUAGAUUUUAGAGUCAUUGAUAGAGCUCACACAAAAUAUUGAAUUAUAUUGACUCUCAUAUAACAACUAUCGCAAGAAGUAGAAGAAAGAAGAUGGUGAACGAAACAGAAGCAUUACCAUGCGAGGGAGGCUGUGGACUCUACGGCACCCGAGUGAACAACAAUCUAUGCUCUCUCUGCUACAAAAAGAGUGUUCUUCAACACUCGCCCGCUUUAAGAUUCGAACCCGAGACCGAGCAAUCACAGUGUUGCCCUCCUACGAAUAGUCCCGCCGUUGAAGAAGAACCGGUCAAAAAAAGGAGAUGUGGGAUAUGUAAGAGGAAGGUAGGAAUGUUGGGAUUCAAGUGUAGAUGUGGACACAUGUUUUGCGGGUCACAUCGUUAUCCGGAGGAGCAUUCUUGUCCCUUUGAUUACAAACAAUCUGGACGGCUCGCCUUGGCCACACAGUUGCCUUUGAUCAGAGCUGACAAGUUGCAGAGGUUUUAGUGAUAUGUGUCGUAGAUGUUUAGAUUCCUUGGCUAAGAUUUUGAUGUUGUUAAAUUCUUUGUACCAGUAAUAAUAUAAGUUCUUUUAG